AUGGGGAAGGCUUGGCCAGCUGCCAAGAGGGGCAAGGCCCGCGCGGCCUCGCAAUCGCGACCCGCCAAGAAGAAGCCAGCUGCCGCCCCCUCCAUUUUGAAGAAGCCAGCCGCCGCCAACAAGCCAAGCGCGCCCAAGAACGCGCCGUAUGUGCUCCACGGCACGCCGACCAAGAAGAUGCGCGACGCCCAGGCAACGUGGACGAGGUCCCUGCAUGAUUUCGUGAACAGGCCUGCGAAGAGCAUCAUCGACAAGCUGACCCGUGACAAUAUCUUGCCUGACUGGAAGGGCAUCACGUGGCCCUAUUGCGGCGGCGGCCCCCUGGGCCCCUUGAAGCACUACGACGAUUCGAAUGGAGGGUGGGCAUACCGCUGCAACGACAAGGAGUGCAAGCGCACAGUCCUCCCGCACGCUUUCCACCCCAUCUUCAAGUGCGGCGCGGGGGAAUCGCAUGCGAGCUUGGCAGACCAAGCUUCGGUGCUCUCCUGCCCCAUUGCAAAAUGCUCGCAGACUUCCGUGCGUCUUCUCCUGAAGAAGAACCACAAGCUGACAGAGGGCAUCUACGAGUUCUUGCACGAGGUGCGCGCUAAGAACGUGGCCCCGCACGAGAAGGACAUCAAAUUCGGCGAGGACUGCUCGAGGUGGGCUGACGUUGAAGCUGACGCGGUGGAUCUCGCGAAAGGAGAAGACCCCGACGCUGGCCCUCGGGCGCAGAAGACUGUCAUCUGGGAGCAGCGCGUGAUUGGGCACCCCUGGCGAAAGAAGUGGGUCCACAAGCGCAACGCCAUACUCCAUACGGAUCGCGCGAGGACUUAUAAGAUGAAACUCGAUGGGGUCAGGCAUGAUUGGGUGGUGCACGCCAGGAAACGCGUGAAGGUCCAGGGUAAGUGGAAGUGGGUCAAGCCUGCUUACACCAAGAAGAUUUACCACGACGUUCGCGAUGACGACAUGCCCAACAAGACCAAGCGAAUUUGGGUUAAAGCGGGUACCGAGAUCAUCGACCACGUCUGCCGUGAGCUGCGUAAACACUUGGGGUCCAACAAGAUCCGCUCGUUCCAGUGGCUGCACUGGCACAGGGACGAAUGA